AUGCCGAGGAAUUAUAAAAGAACACUUGGCUCACGCCGUUACGUGGAUUAUACCCCAGAGACGCUAGAAGCUGCUCUCAAAAAGGUGGUAGAAGAUGAAUGGUCCCUCUGUCAAGCAUCGGCUGCACGUAAUAUCCCUUUUGGCACCCUUCGAAAUAAGUAUAAGGGAAUCAGAAUUCUGAAAUCUGGAGGUCAAACAGUUUUUUCAGUUGCCGAAGAACAUGCCUUCGUGAAAGCAGUAAAUAUCUGCUCAGAUUGGGGAUUCCCACUCACGCUUACUGAUUUGCGCUAUAUAGCUAAAAGCUAUCUGGAUAGUCACGGUCGCACUAUUGGGAAGUUUAGAGAAACAUGCCUGGAACAGAUUGGGCUCGUUCUUUCUUACAACAACAUAAGACAGAUAUUAGCCAAAAAGUUGCAUUGA